GUGACACGUUGCGCUAGUGGUUUCGAUAAUAGGCAAUACACACACCGUCUUCCUGAGACCGCGGCGCCAUGUCCAGUGAGGAGGACCGCCUAGCGCAGUUCAAAACGCUGCGGCGCAUUGGCGCCGGGCGUUUUGGCGAAGUGUACCAGGUCCAGCAUAAGGUUACUGGAGAGCUCUUUUGCUGGAAGGUUGUAUCUUACAAAGGGCUAAGUGAGAAGGAAAAGGAGCAGUUAGUUAUGGAAGUCAACGUUAUGAGGGAUCUAAAGCACCCAAACAUCGUUAGAUACGUGGAUCGAGUUGUGGAUCGCCAGAAACACCUGCUGUACAUCAUCAUGGAAUACUGUGACUCCGGGGAUCUAGGUGAAAAUAUGCGCCAGUUCCACAAGCAUUAUGUAAAUGUGAACGAGCAGGUUAUAUUCGACAUUGCACUUCAAUUACUAUUCGCUCUGGCCUACUGCCACAACUCGUCACUUGGACCUAAGCAGGGUCGUAUACUCCAUAGGGACCUGAAACCACAGAACAUAUUCCUACAUUCAAACCACAAGGCACAGAACCGCAAUGGGUAUGUAUGCAAGAUUGGUGAUUUGGGGUUAUGCAGGAGCAUUGGUAUGGAAUCAUUUGCCCAUUCAUGUGUGGGAACUCCGUACUAUUGGUGCCCUGAGAUAUUGUUAUCUCAAUCUAAGAACUACGAUGACAAGAUGGACAUGUGGGCCUUGGGGAUUGUUCUCUAUGAACUAUCCUAUGGGAAGACACCGUUCCACAAGGCGACUACUUUAGCUGAAUUGGCACAACUCAUGAAGAACGGUGUACCUUUACCGUUACCCGGUAGGAGCAGGCAGUUGAACACUUUGUUGUAUGCCCUGUUACAACAGGACCCUUCCAGGCGCGCUAGCGCGGUACAGUGCCUUGGACUCAGUAUAUGGGACGGACCUGUAUACGAUUGGUUCUGGGCUACCGUCAAUGAGCGCGACCGAGAAAAGAUAUACUACAACAUAGUACGCAGGGGCAACCAUCGCUUGGAGCCUAUAAGCCAACCAUCUAUUGACUUUGGUAAUCCGGAAGCGCCUCAGUUGCGGACACCGGUUAACCCUAGGCACGCUGCCUUCGAGCAGCGUGCCACUACCGACUUUAUGGAUUCAGAAUCCGAUCCCGUGGACAUGGAUUCCACCCCGAGGCCUGAUAACGAUGCGGUUACAACAUCGGUGUCAACGGGACUAUCACAUUUAGAGGCCGAUAUCGCAUUUUACCAUCGUGCUGCAAACCCAGUAACGCCAAAGAGCACGGAGCUGCUUUCGCAGUUCCUUCCAUUGGGUGAGCAGGGUAUGUCACUGGGUGACAAGGAUAGUGACGCUCCCAGUUCAGGCCGUCGCCGAAGGCAAAUACCACCACCAAGCGACGAGCCUGUUUCUUCACUAAGGCAACGUUUGUAUGCAGAACGGGUUUCACAACAGUACCCAAGUACGCCUACGAAGCCACGUUACCUAACUCGAGCUGUUAAGCGCCGUGAGGAGCAGUCACUCUACACCCACGCCAGUGAGGAUACCAUGUCUGUGGACUCUAACGCAACUACAUGUGUACGCCAUCCGGAUAGCUACCGGGCACAGUUUACCGGGAGAACCGUUCCUGCAUUCGGGUCAUCCACGGUACAACAGCCACACACCCUGGCGAAGGAGCCCGAGAAAUCAAACUCCGGAAGCAUGGUAUGCAGCCGGAGAAACUACAUGAGUAGCAAUCACACCCCCAGAGAUUUCUAAUAUAUUUUAAUAAUGACGAAUUUAUCGCUAAUUCACAUA